GAAUCAUAACAAUAAGUGCUGCUUAAACGUGCUUAGCAUGGCUAUAAGUUAUUCUAGGUUAAUCCAAUUGCGAUUAGCACAAAAGUGUUUCCAAAGAUCAUGUAGGAGUGUUUCUAGACAACGUCCCAUAGCGGCCUCGUCACAAAUUUCCAAAAUAGAUCAUAAGAAGAUGAUAGAACCAGAAAAGAAAGAGGACCGCGUUAUCUACGAACUUCCUAAAGUCCAUGUAGAAGAAAAAAAGACCGCCCUGGCGUUAUUCUCUAGUGAUACCAACUAUGGCAUUAAAGUAAUCGAAGUUAUAAAUGCAAUCAAAUUUACGCCGUAUGGAAUAAGACAAGCAUGGGAUAUAUUUCAAGAAGACAAGUUGCUGAGAUCACAAGUUUAUAUAAAAGAACGAGCAGAAUUCCUUGGCCCAGAGUUAGCUACAGCUCAUUUUCUUUGUUAUCGUGGAGGAAAAGUACGUUUUCAUGGACAAGAGGACUGGAUCACACAAGAUCCUGAUUCUGAUACCUUAACAAGUUUACCCAAAUUCUAUGUUGGAUCAUACAAAGUGGAGGCUGCUGACUGUUCAAAAAUGACCCUCAUUUAUGAGGGUUUGGAGAACAUGAAGAAAAUGGAGAACCUAAAGUGGCUUAGUCUGGAAAGUUGUCCAUAUAUUGAUGAUUGGUGCCUGGAUAGGAUUUCAGGUGAGUAUGGCGACACAUUGGAAUACCUAGACAUUCGAAACUGUCCGCUAGUGACAGAUAAGGGGAUUGCCUCGUUAAGCAAAAUGAAGAAACUCAAAACACUUAUUUUGGGCGGUCACCCUGAAGCUAAAAACCUUGAACUUGUAUGUCUCAUGCUCGAGGAUAUUUUGCCUGAAAUCACCAUCAGAGGUAUUGUUUACUGCGAUACCUCUCUAUUGAAACCCAAUGAAGCUAACGAGUAACAUGUACAGCCAUUAUGUAAGGAAGAUCCUUUCUCGCGACAGGUCAUUCCUUUUUUCCCCUUAGAAGUUAAAGACAAUACAUAAAUGGUAUUAUUUAUUCAAUCCUUUUAAAUGGAAAUGACAAAGGUUAAUAAGAACGAGUUUGUGGGGCUUCUUAAGACGAAAUCAUGUACGAAAAAUAUUGAUUAUUAGGAAAAAAACAAGGGGUUCAAUAACGACAAUUUUAACGGAUUGGCGACUUUGAAAUUAUUUGAAUUAAGGACGGGUCUCACAAUUGUUAAUUAUUUUUCCAUUCAUUCAACUCCGUAAAAUGACCUUAUAACUGUUCUCCAAGUUUUAUUAUGAUCCACCUUGAUUUAAACAUACAAAUUAUGCCCCCCUAUGCCUACUAUGUUUUUUUUAAAAAAAAAGGUGAUUUAGUACUAAAAGAAGGGAUGGGUUUUCUAAUACAUUUUAAUGUUUUUACCCCAGA